AUGACAAGAUCUUGGACAAUUCAGCAGGCAUUUUUUCAAUCAAGCGGCAGUGGCAGCAUGGGCAACAAGCCUGCUGAGCUUCCCGUCUCCAUUGAGUAUGCCGUGCUCAAAGAUGCUGCUGCUGGAGCUCCAGUUCCUUCUCAUGGAGAGACCAGCCCAGGAAUCGACCGAUCAGACGAUCGCUUCAAGGAUUUGCCCAGAGAUGCCACCAUCAAGGAGUACAAGAUCCCAGUGGCCCCGGCGAACUACCAGAGUCAAGUCGUUGAGACCUUGCGAGGUGCAGUGGCUUCCAUGCCGGAACCUGUUGGCCACAAUGGGCCCCGCUACAUGGGCCCAUCCUCGUUGAACGAAGCCUCCAUUCGACAGAUGGUGCAGAGCUUUAAGAAUGGCCAGCUCUUGCCCAUGAAGGAUGCUUACAAGCUGGCAAUUGAUGCCUUUGACAUCCUGGUGAAGGAAAAGACCCUUGGAAGGAUCAACGUGCCUGUGGGAAAGAAGGUCACUGUGGUGGGCGAUCUUCAUGGCCAGCUCUUCGACUUUGAUCACAUGUUGAGCCUCGCAGGUUUCCCUUCAGCUGACAAUCAGUUUUUGUUCAAUGGUGACUUCGUAGAUCGCGGACCGUGGAGUGUCGAGGUCAUGUUCACCAUUCUGGCCUUCAAGGUUUGGCAACCCAACGGUGUUGGCAUGAACCGUGGCAAUCAUGAGGCUGAAAUGGCAAACCAUUUCUAUGGCUUCUUUGGAGAGCUCGAGGUGAAGUACGAAAAGCGUAUGACAGAUUUGUUUGCUGAGAUCUUCCGAGCCACACCAUUGUGCCACGUCAUCAACAAUGAGAUCUUUGUUGUGCAUGGAGGCAUCCCAGGACCUGAUCCUCGAGUGUGGUGGAAGGGCAUGGACAAUCAGAUCAGCUUCGAUGGUCGUCAGCUUCAGAUUAGCUUGUCAGAGAUUGAGAACUCCAACCGCUUCAUGGAGCCAAACCCUGAUGAGAAUCCGCUCAUGGUUGACCUCCUUUGGUCAGACCCCAAGGGCAAAGACGGUUACGGGCCAUCCGGCCGAAUGUCUUCCGGUAUCUACUUGUUUGGUCCAGAUGUCUCAAAGAACUUCAUGGAGUACAACGGUCUCAGAAUGACACUCCGCUCCCACGAAGUGAAGGCUCAGGGCUACAGAUAUGAUCACGAAGGUCAGUAUCCCUUGAUCACAGUCUUCUCAGCCCCCAAUUACGUGGACAAAGCUGGCAACAUGGCUUCUGUGGCAGUGCUCACUAAUGACGGCACCAAAAUGGCUGGCCCGGAGUUUGUUCAGUAUUCUGCGCAGCCACAUCCUGACGUGCCAUCUGGCGCAUAUGCUGUGGGCGGCCCACUCCACCCUGAGAAUCAGCCAGCUAGAUGA